GCAGCUGGUUAAAAAAUAAUCAAAAUGGGAUGCUGCAGUUCACUUAUAGACAGAUAUAUCGACCAUGACAACAAUAACCAGGAACAGGAACUCCAAGAAUUCUCUGACUGGAACCACAAUGAUCGGGAUAAAACACGUGAAGAUCCGUUCAAAAUCAAUGUCUCUCAGUGUAAGGAACAGGAUGAAAAUCACAAAACAACGGAAAUCAAAGACAGAAACGAUGAUUCUGGUAUAUCGGAGAUACACUAUUGCCCUGAAGAAAAUAGGAUACUUGAAGAUAGAAGAAAAAAUAAAUCACCAUCAUAUAAAUAUUUCAGUGGCGAUAAGCACCAUGUCUGUUCUUCCGAGAGAGAGCUAGUUUACGGCGACGACCCAUUAUUAAAAUCCGUGAAUAACGCCAAGAAGCCCCCGAAUGAUGAUGGAGCUGUUGUAAAAGUGGUUCCCCCGGCACCACCCCCUCCAGUGGCCCCCUGUAGAAAAUUCUAAGACGUUGUGCAGAUGUACCUCAACAAAUGUGCUUAUGGAAAGCUGUAGGGUACCACCACAUUACAGGUUCUCUACGGCAUAUCACAUAUAUGUACUGAAUGAAUCUUUAUGUAUACAUUGUGUUUAAAUUCUUGCAAAGUAAUGUUCUAUUUGAAACCCAAAAAUA